AUGUUUUGGAAGAAUCCGUCGGCACUGACCCAAGUGCUCAUCGUGUCGUUCGUGUGCUUCACGUGCCCUGGGCUAUUCAACGCCCUCGGCAGCAUCGCCGCGGGGGUGGCCGAUGAAACCAUCACCUACAACGCCACGUCGAUGCUGUACGCGUUCUUUGCGCUGUUCGGUCUGUUUGCCGGCGGCAUGGUCAACGUGAUCGGACCCAAGUACACGUUGUUCAUUGGGUCGUGGGGCUACAUCCUGUACUCGGGGUCACUCUUGGCCAUGGACAAGGGGUACAACGCCACGACCAAGGAGUACACGAUGUGGGCGUACUGGCUCAUGGGCCAGUUCUCGGACGACUUGGGCACGCUGGGCCGGUAUGCUGGCUACUACAAGUGCGUGCAGUCGGGCAUGGCUGCCGUGUCGUGGCGCCUGGGGGGUAUUCCCAUCUCCCCCAUUGCCACCGUCGUGGUCAAUUGGGUGCUGGCCACCGUCGGGAUCACUUGUGCCUACAUCGCUGUCAAGAUCUACAUGGAGGACAAGUCGAUCGAAAACUACGAAGGCGUGGAAUCCCCGUCGGACAAGAAGGCCGUGCCCAUGCACUAA